GCCUUAGAAGAAAUUCGUGUGUGACGUGGAUGGUCUUUAUUGGAUCUGUCGUGACUCGUGACGAAUGUCACUCACCAUCUAAGCUUUUUCAAACAGGUUCAGUUUUUAUAGGUUCUCAAUGGGUAACUGGCUCCUAAUACUUACAAUAUGUGCAGCUGCUGUUCAAUCCUGUGUAGCAGUUGAUCGUGGCAACUUCAAGACAUGUGAUCAGAAUGCAUUUUGCAAGCGUCAACGUGCUACUCUGCCUGGUAAUUCACCAUGGGAGAUUUUAUUGGAUAGCUUAAAUUCUACUAUUAGUAGCCUCCAAGUACAAGUCAUCAGUUCCCGCAGCCAAGCAAGACUUCAACUGCAGCUCAUUGCUCUGGCAGAUUCCACUCUUCACUUUGAGCUUGAUGAAGUCAACCCUAUUAAGCUAAGAUACAGGGCACAGGAAUCACUUUCGGGAAGUCCUCAGCUUUCAAGUUUGAAAAUCACUGAGCAAUCCAGUGAUUCAAUAUCCCUCUCAUUUGGUGGCACAGGCAAAGCUAUUCUGCUUGUAAAACCAUUUCGCCUUGAUGUCUAUGAUGGAGAUCAACUCGUCAUCUCAGUCAAUGCUAGAGGCUUGCUCAACUUCGAACACCAACGUGUUCGCAAAUCCAAGUUGUGGGAAGCCAUGUCCUCAGUUGCCCAAACUGUAGGAUCUGUUGGCUCAUCCUUACCUGGAAAAGCAUAUUCAUGGGUGCUACAAUGGCUGCCUUGGUCCAGUGAGGCUGCUGGAAACGAGGAACCUUCGUUCGAACCUACAGAAGGAGAGACGAAGGCGGAAGCCGAAGAAAAGCAUCCAGACGAAAAACCCGUGGAAGGAGAGGAAGAGCCUGGUUUGUGGGAAGAAACAUUCAAGUCACACGUCGAUUCAAAACCCUAUGGCCCCACUUCGGUUGGCGUAGAUAUAUCUUUUCCGGGCUCAAGACACGUGUAUGGUAUUCCGGAGCAUGCAGAUACUUUCGCGUUAAAGCAGACCAAAAAUGGUGAUCCAUAUCGCCUUUACAACACUGACGUUUUUGAGUACGAGCUGUACAAUCCUAUGGCUUUGUACGGAGCUGUGCCUUUCAUGAUGGCUAAAAGGCAACAGGGUACUGUGGGAAUUUUUUGGAACAAUGCAGCUGAAACCUAUGUCGACAUCGAGGAGUCAUCUUCUGGAAGUGUGGUAUCUUCCCUUAUGAAUCUUGUAUCGGGUGGAGGCAAUGAGCCACAUCAACAAACACACUGGUUUUCGGAGAGCGGAAUCAUUGAUCUCUAUAUCAUGAUCGGACCUACACCGAAAGACGUGGUGCGCCAAUAUGGUACAUUAACUGGCAAGACACCUCUACCUCAGCGGUUCGCGCUGGGUUAUCACCAAUGCCGUUGGAACUACAACGACCAAGAGGAUGUACACAGCGUGAAUAAAGGAUUCGAUCUGUAUGAUAUUCCGUAUGAUGUUCUCUGGCUUGAUAUCGAGCACACCGAUAACAAAAAAUAUUUCACAUGGGACCCGGUAAAGUUUCCGGAUCCAUCAGAAAUGGUACACAACUUGACGGCGAAAGGUCGUAAGCUGGUCACUAUUGUCGAUCCGCACAUGAAACGCGAUUCAUCCUAUUUUUUUCAUGAACACUGCGAACAAAACGAUUUCUACGUUAAGGAUAAAAACGGAAAGAUAUAUGAAGGUUGGUGUUGGCCAGGCUCAGCCAGUUAUCCCGAUUUUUUCAACCCAGCUGUUAGAGACUAUUGGGCCUCUCGAUUUGCUCUCGAUAAAUAUGAAGGUACGUCAUUGGACGUCUACACAUGGAAUGACAUGAAUGAACCGUCCGUUUUCAACGGACCAGAGGUUACCAUGCCUAAAGAUUGUUUACAUUAUGGCGGAUAUGAACAUCGCGAUGUCCACAAUAUGUACGGCAUGAUGGUGGUGGAAGGCACUAUUCGUGGCCAACUUAUGCGAUCCGACUACAAAUUACGUCCGUUUGUACUUUCGCGCUCAUUUUUCGCUGGUAGUCAACGAUUCGGGGCUGUUUGGACUGGUGAUAACAUCGCCGACUGGGAGCAUUUAGCCAUAUCUGUGCCCAUGCUUCUCAGUCUUUCUGUUUCUGGGAUUCCUUUUUGCGGAGCGGAUGUGGGAGGUUUCUUUAACAACCCAGACUCGGAAUUACUAGCCCGGUGGUAUCAGGCUGGUGCUUUUCAGCCAUUUUUUCGUGGUCAUGCCCACCUUCAUACCAAACGUCGCGAACCUUGGCUUUUUGACGAACAGACCAACAAACUAAUCAAGGCCAGCAUUAAGAAACGUUAUACAUACCUACCAUAUUGGUAUACUUUGUUCUACGAGCAUGAAAAAACCGCUGCUCCACCCAUGCGCCCACUCUGGAUGGAGUAUCCACAAGACGGAGAAACGUUUUCCAUAGACAACCAAUACCUUUUGGGCGACUCGAUUUUAGUGCACCCGGUGGUCCGGUCAGGAGAACAAGAAGUAAGCGUUUAUUUCCCUGGAGUAGAUACACUUUGGUAUGAAAUUGAAACCUUCAAAGCUUAUGAAGCCCCUGGCUACCAGAUGAUUCCUGUUACAAUUGAAAAGAUCCCUAUAUUUCAGCGAGGCGGUACCAUUGUUCCUAAGAAGGAGCGUGCUCGAAGAGCAUCUUCUUUGAUGACAAAAGAUCCCUAUACCUUCAUUGUGACUUUGGACAAACAGGGUAAAGCUCACGGUCGGCUUUAUAUUGACGACGGUCAGUCUCUAGAGUAUCAAAAAGGAAGCUACAUUAUACUGGAAUUGAACAUGGAAGGCCACACUCUUUCAUCCAAAGUUACAAAUCAAGGUGCUUUUGAAACCCCCGAAUCAAUUGAAAAAAUCGUGAUUGUUGGACUGAGUCGAGCACCGUCAAGCAUAGUAGAUAAUACCGGCAGAAUUUUGGAGUAUCGCUAUGAUGCAACCAGCCAGACAUUAGUUCUCAGGAAACCGAAUUUCUCGGUUUCUAACGAAUGGAGUGUCAAUCUCAAAAUAUAGAUUGCCUCCUACUUGAUUUUUUUUUCAUUUGCCUCCGUUGGGCCCGUUCAUUCCUCUAACGGAAGGUCGUGCAAAAAAGAAACAAAGAAGCUUAUAAUGUAAUAACUACAGACGAUUUGUUCGAACUUUGUUUCUUUUUGGUCGAAAGACCCACUUUCUGAAAUACAUGCGAUUUGUCAACUGAAACAA